GGCGUGUCCAGGAAGGUGGGGAGGGGCGGGCCAGGCGCGGGGAGGGACUUCCGGGGCGGCGGUUGCAUCAGAUUCUGGCAAGCUGUCGCCGCACCCGAGGGUCCGCGAUUCCUAGGAUGGCAGGUUGUUCCGGGGAGCACACUCCCGACUACAGGUCCAUCCUGAGCAUUAGUGACGAGGCAGCCAGAGUGCAGGCCCUGAACGAGCACCUCAGCACGCGUAGCUAUGUGCAGGGGCACUCGCUGUCCCAGGCAGACGUGGACGUGUUCAGUCAGCUCGCGGCCCCUCCCGCUGAUGCUCGGCUCUUCCAUGUGGCUCGCUGGUUCAGGCACAUAGAAGCGAUCCUGGGCGGCCCCUGCAGCAGAGGCGAGCCCUGUGGGCUCCAAACAAGUAAAGGCCGGCGGGUGCAGCCUCAGUGGUCUCCUCCGGCCGGGUCCGAGCCGUGCAGGCUCCGCCUUUACAACAGCCUCACCCGGAACAAGGACGUGUUUAUACCUCAAAGUGGGAAGAAGGUGACGUGGUACUGCUGUGGGCCGACCGUCUACGACGCCUCUCACAUGGGGCACGCCAGGUCCUAUAUCUCUUUCGACAUCCUGAGACGAGUGCUGAGGGAUUACUUCAAAUUCGACGUCUUCUACUGCAUGAACAUCACAGACAUUGACGAUAAGAUCAUCAAGAGGGCCCGGCAGAACUACUUGUUUGAGCAGUACCGGGAGAAGAGGCCCCGGGCAGCGCAGCUCCUGGAGGAUGUUCACGCCGCCCUGAAGCCGUUUUCGGUAAAACUCAGUGAGACCACGGAUCCCGACAAAAAGCAGAUGCUUGAACGCAUUCAGCACGCGGUGAAGCUAGCCGCAGAACCGCUGGAGGAAGCGGUGCGGCGUGACCUCGCUGGAGAGGAGGAGCUCAGCAGCCACGUGGAGGUCUUGUUGGACGAAGCAAAGGAUUUGCUUGCUGACUGGCUGGAUUCCGCACACGGCAGUGAGGUGACUGACAAUUCCAUUUUCUCCAAACUGCCCAAGUUCUGGGAAGAGGAAUUCCACAAAGACAUGGAAGCCCUGAACGUUCUCCCUCCAGACGUCUUAACACGGGUUAGUGAGUACGUGCCAGAGAUCGUGAACUUUGUCCAGAAGAUCGUGGACAACGGUUACGGCUAUGCUUCAAAUGGGUCCGUGUACUUUGACACGGUGAAGUUUGCUUCUAGUGAGAAACACUCCUACGGGAAGCUGGUGCCCGAGGCUGUUGGGGAUCAGAGAGCCCUGCAGGAAGGGGAAGGUAAACAGCGUGGGUGGCGGGGGCUGCGGCCUCGCAGAUGCCACUGCCGGCACCUCGAUGCACCGGGGACUGCGUGUUUUCACCUGACGGGAUUGGAGGGUUUUCUACACUGAGCCUGUGACGUGGUAUUUUUUAAGAAACAAAGAAGUGAGCGUAUAAGAUGCCGUCUAUGUUAAAAAGCACAGCACACCUCGGGGCCUUGAUCCACAGUGCUGGCGUUUGUCUGUUUAUCGGCAUCCAGAGCCCCUGAGGGUCAGGGUGGGUUGUAGGACGCUGUGUGUGAGCGAGUGUGUUGGAAAACCCAGAGCUGGUGUGUUAAGAACAUGCAGAUGAUGACCUGCUGAACGAGAGGGCACGAGCCACCCACACAGGGUCGGCAGGUGGCACCCUGGGCGUCCCAGCCGUCCUGGCGGUGCCCGUGGGGAAAGGUGAGCAUCCACAGAGGUGCAGGACAGGGCCAGGGCACGGGCACGCCAGAGCCCCUCGCUGCUGCAGCGUAUGACUGCCCCAUCCUGGGGACCCAGAUGCCACAGAGCCUCACAAGACCCUGGACGCAUCAUAUCGUGUCUGCAGCUGGGGCUGUGGGUGGAUUGGACCUCCUCAGAGGCCCCUGUGUCCUGAUGGCUUUUAGUUCAUAUUCUAUCACUAUUUUCUUCGUAGUUAUCUUAGGAUUACAGUUAGUAUGCUCUGACUGGAAUUUCUAUCAGCUUAACAUCAGUAGCAUACAAAAACUCGGCUCCUGUAGCUCCAUGCCCACGCCCUUUUAGUUAAUCCUGUCACAAAAUUACAUCUUUGAGGGGCCGACCCCGUGGCCCAGUGGUUAAGUUCAUGUGCUCCGUUUCCGGUGGCCCAGGGUUUCGCCAGUUCAGAUCCUGGGAACGGACAUGACACCGUUUCUCUAGCCAUGCUGAGGGGAGGUCCCACAUAGCGCAACCAGAAGGACCUAAAACUAGAAUGUACAACAAUGUACUGGGGGCUUUGGGGAGAGGAAGAAACAGAAAAGAAGAAGACUGGCAACAGAUGUGAGCUCAGGUGCCAAUCUUUAAAAUUAAAAAAAAGUAAGCAAUUAUAAACCUAUUUUUUUUACAUGAGUAUUUUGUGUCUUGGGAAAUUUGUAAAUACUGUUUAUAAUUUCUAAAAACAUGUUACUUCAUAGUAAAAUCUUUUAAUAAAAUAGAAGACAUGUUUACUAAUA